AUGAAUUUGCUCCUUGUCCUACUGGCCAUGUGUAGGUCUGUGCUCAGCACAUGGGACACCUGUGGAGGGACCUGUGGUCUCUGGCCCAUGUCUGCUUCCUAUGGCCCCAUGGCUUAUGACUAUGACCCCGUGGCUCCAGACUAUGGUGAAGUGCACAUCACUGGUGGCACAGCUGUCCAGCCAGGAGCCUGGGCCGGGAUUGUCAGCAUCCAGGAUCCCUGGGAACCAGGCACAGGGCAUAUCUGUGGAGGGUCCCUCAUCAGCACAGAGUGGGUCCUCACAGCCGCCCACUGUUUCAUCAACGCCAGGAACAUCAGCACUUGGCAUGUGGUAGCUGGGGCUACCCAGUUGACUCAGCUGGGCCCUGAGGUGCAAGUGCGCCAGAUUAAGCAGCUACGGGUUCAUGAACACUAUAUUCCUGGUGAGGAGAGGAACAACAUUGCCUUGCUGAAAUUGGACCAGCCUGUCGUGUGCAGCCACUAUGUACAGCUGGGCUGUGUGCCUGACACCACACUGAAAGUGUCGGAGCUGGAAGCCUGUUACAUUGCUGGCUGGGGUGCUACUACUACAAGAGCUCAAAGACCAAGUGAUGUCCUGCAGGAGGCCAAGGUCCACCUCAUUGAUGUCCAGCUCUGUAACAGCAGCCUCUGGUACACAGGGGCCAUCCACACUCAAAAUCUGUGUGCUGGUUACUCAGUGGGCGGCAUCGACCCCUGCCAGGGUGACAGCGGUGGUCCUCUGGUGUGCAAAGAUAACAAUGCUGCCUUCUUCUGGCUCGUUGGUGUGGCCAGCUGGGUGAAAGGCUGUGUGAGAGCAAACCAGCCUGGAGUCUACACCUCUGUUCAGCACUUCUAUGACUGGAUCCUGUUCCAGAUAGACCCGCAGCCAGACAGAAGGGCGUCAAGACAUUCUAUGACUGCCCUAACUCCCUCUCAGAAGCCAAGGCCAAUACCAACACCAUUGGACAAGUUUAGCUCCUGGCCAUUUUCACUCCAGAAGCUGGCGGAAUUUUUUACUCAGGCACCGGAGCUCCUUCGGGUCCUAAGGAGAAAACUGGCUAAAGAAGCAGGAUGA